AUCUGGUUCCAGAACCGGCGCAUGAAGUACAAGAAGGACCAGAAGGCCAAGGGCCUGGCCUCGUCGUCGGGGGGCCCCUCCCCUGCCGGCAGCCCCCCGCAGCCCAUGCAAUCCACGGCCGGCUUCAUGAACGCCUUACACUCCAUGACCCCCAGCUACGAGAGCCCGUCCCCGCCCACCUUCGGCAAAGCCCACCCGAAUGCCUACGCGCUGUCCUCCAACUACCAGCCCUCUCUCAAAGGCUGCGGCGCCCCGCAGAAAUACCCGCCCACGCCGGCUCCCGAUUACGAGCCCCACGUUCUCCAAGCCAACGGGGGCGCCUACGGGACGCCCACCAUGCAGGGUAGCCCG